AUGUCGGAGCUUGAUUAUGCGACAGAUGAGGAUGUGGAGGAUGGCAAUACCUUUUCCUUUUGGCCUCCGGACGCGCUGGUAGCGCCCUUUCGUGCCCUUGUUUCGAAACAAGCACAGAAAGCUUAUCUGGGAACUCUCUUAUUCGCGAUAACUGCUGUAUGCAUGUUCUUUGUUUCGUCGGUUGCAUAUGGGAUAUUUUACUAUUGGUUCAUCCCGCAAAUUGGGCUUGCGCGACAGGUGCAUCUACAGUUUGGUGAUGACCAGCCCUGGGGUACCGCUUCCCUUGGGUCGGAGUUGGUCUCAGCGCAAGCAUACGAUGUCGCCGUGAAACUCGAAAUGCCGCGGACACCCUCCAACCUCGCUGCCGGAAACUUUAUGCUAGAUCUAUCUCUCUUUUCUCGCCCUUCGACGUCCACCACCACUGGCCAGAACACGUCCUCGAAUCGGAUUGUGCACUCGCGACGCCCGGCUAUACUGACGUAUACGUCGCCUAUGGUGGAUACCGCCAGCAAGAUCUCUUUCAUGCCACUGUAUGUACUGGGGUGGCAGCGUGAAGCGGAAACUCUGCGGGUGCCGAUGCUUGAGAAGAUUGAGUUCUCGCGCGGCUGGCGCAACCUUCCGGCGAGUUUACGCCUUGAGGUCCAUAGUAAGGAGCCGAUGCAGGUUUACUCGGCUCUGGUCGAAUUUCAUGCUAGGUUUACGGGGCUAAGAUGGGUCAUGUACAACUGGAGGAUCUUAUCGUUCUUGGUCUUCAGUUUUGGUUUCUGGAGCGUCUCCAUGGUCUCUUCAAGCAUUGCAUGGCUUGUCCUGGCUUCGUUGUGGAGCACGAAGCCAAGGAAUCAGACAAAUCUCAAGCAAGAGGCUCGCGGGGAGACCCCAAUAAAAGAGGAAUAUGAUGACGAGGCGGCGGAUAUUUCUGCUCUUGACUCGCCUUCUGACUCACACUCUCCGAAGCACCAGCCGACGAGUAGGAUUAAAAAGGAAGAAGACUUUGAAGAGGAGACGAAGCCCUCUUAUACCAGCGACACAGACGAAGGAAGCCAUGGUCCUGGUGGUAGAAGAGACUUUUGGCCUUCUGAGAGUGGCGCAGGGACUGGCAUAGAGAGCGCAGAGGCGAGGGGUAUGCAGCGGCGCCGUAGCCGUUUAUUUAGGGAAGGCCACUCAUAG